AUGUCCACACUAUUUGGAGGUCAGCAACUGACUCAACCUAGUUUGUUUAAUAGUUCAUUUAAUGCGGCAUCUUCACAGCAACAGCAACAGAAUCAACAACAACAGCAACAACAGCAAUCACAACAACAACAAUCUCAACAACAACCUCAGCAACAACAGCCACAACUAUUCAAUACACAACAACAUCAACAACAGCAGCAACAUCCAAUCUGGUUACAAAAUCAGAAAAAGAGAACAAUACCUAAUCAUUUAGUUCCUAAAAAGAAACAAAGUUUCCAAUUAGGCACCACUAAUAAUAAUAAUAAACUUAAUUCUAAGAAUAAAAAUAAAAAUGGUAAAAAUAGAUCCAAUAAUGGCAACGUGAAUGGUGGAGAUUCAAUAAUUUCUAAUGAUAAUGAUGAAGGUCAAUUUAAUUUAUUAUCAUUUGGAUCAAAGUUGAAUCGUCGAGUAACUAGUGGUAGUGGUAGUGGAUCAUUAUUAGAUAGAAACACUAGUAUUGCAAGUUUAUUUGAUAAUUCAGUAAGUGAUUUAUCAAGAAUUGAUGAUAGUUUUAUUGUUGGUGGAGAUAAUACUGUUGAUGAUAUUAAUGAUGAUGGUAUUGGUGGUGGUGAUGGAUUUGGAAAUGAUUUACCACCAAAGAAUUCAAUGUAUGAUUUGAGUAUUGGAGGAGGAAGAACAACAAGAGAUAAAAAUGGAAUUAAUUCUGAUAGUAAAUUUGAAUCAUUUAUCAACAAAGAUCCUAAAUCAUUUGAUAGUGUUUUCAAUAAAUUUCAAGAAUUUACUCCAAUUCUUGAUCCUAAUAAUAUUAACACUAAUAAUACUAAUGGAACUAGUAAUAGUGGGAAUAGAUAUGAUGAUGAUAAACUGAACCCCAUUAAUUCUAUAUUAAAUGGUGGUAAUAGCAGUACCAGGAAUGAUCUUCUUCAAAAUCAGAAACAUUAUAAUCUGGCAAUUAUUGUAUUUGGAUAUCCAGAAUAUUUAUCAAUUGAAAUCAUAAAAUUUUUCCAAAGUUUUGGAAGAAUUUUAGAAAAAUUUGAUACUACAUCAAUUACAAGUACUAAUAACAAUAAUAAUAUUAAAGAAGUUUUAAUAAAUUUAGCUAACACUAAUAACAACAACAACACUGCUAAUAAGAUUGUUCCUAUAUUUAGUGGUAAACAUUGGAUUAAAUUAACCUUUGAUAAUCCCAAUUCUGCAUUACAAGCAUUACAAGAAAAUGGUAAUGUUUUCAAUGGAUCAAUAAUUGGAGUUGUACCUUAUCAUAAAAGUAUUAUUGAAAAAUUAGAAAAUCGGAAAAUUUUCAUUAAUGAUGAUAAUGAUAUUGGUCUAGGAAAUUUAGAUAUUCCAUUAGAUAAAAUUAAUCAAAUUAUUAAUCAACAAUCUAAACUUGUUAGUAAUGGUGGUGCUGCUACUACCCCCAACAAUUUCAUCAAUAACAACAAUGGUAGUAGUGAAACCGUACCUAGUGCAACAACCGGCGGAUCAUUAUAUAAUCGAUUAGAUAUAAAACCAAUUUCUAAAGAUCAGAUAUUUUUAAAAGAUAACAUUAACGGUACUACUACUACCAAUGGUGGAGAUUCUCAAAAAGUAUCAAAUAUUGAUGGUAAUAAAACUACGGAUAAUAAGGAGAAAUUAGGAGUUUGGGGUAAUUUAUCGAAAUAUAUUUUUGGAUUCCAUGAUUUAUAA